AUGCUCCCCCAGGCCUCCGUUCUUGCGGCCAUGUUGCCGGCCCUGACACUGCUCCCGGGCGGUGUCCGCGCCCUCGUGGCACCCAGGGCGAUUAACCACACCCAAGAAGCCAUCGACUCCGGCGUCGUGCUAUCUGACCUCAACAAGCAGGCCUACAGCAAUGUCCUCGCUCGUCUCGGGAAUGCCACAUCGGCCGUCCAGAACGGCACCGCGCAGUGCACAAAAGACAACAUCAGAGUUCGUCGCGAAUGGAGGAACAUGCCGGAUGAAGAGCGCAUCAGGUACACCGAUGCCGUGGCCUGCCUCCAGCAGCAACCGGCAUUGUAUACCGACAUUACUGGCUCCAAGUCAAUGUUUGAUGACUUUGUGGCCCUGCAUCAGAGCGCUACACUUUACAUCCAUCUGUCGGCAACGUUCUUUCUCUGGCACCGUUACUAUAUAUGGACGUAUGAGAGCAAGCUAGAGUCGGAGUGCGGCUACAACGGAACCUUCCCCUACUGGGAAUGGGGCCUCGACACGGCCAACCUCUCCGCGAGCCCCGUAUUCGACGGCUCCGCGACCUCGAUGGGCAGUGACGGCGCCCCGACCCCGCAUGAGGGCCUUGCACUCGUGAACGCGUGGGACAACACCACGACGGUGCUGCCCGCCGGCACGGGCGGCGGCUGCGUGGUGUCGGGCCCUUUUGCAAACCAGACGGUCCACCUCGGUCCGCAUGCGAUGCCGAACUACGGCAGCAUCACGUCCCUCAACUCGGCUACGCCCACCGACGACAACCCGCGGUGCCUGCGCCGCGACCUCAACGUGUACCCGCUCCAGCGUUGGGCCAGCCUCCGCAACACGACGGAACUGAUCCGGGACGCCGGGGACAUUGAGAGAUUCCAGGCUGUUGCGCAGGGAGACCCGCGAUACGUCGGGGCCGGGCAGCUGGGGGUCCACGGGGCCGGGCACUAUGCGCUGGGCGGUGACCCUUCGAGCGACGUCUACCUUAGUCCCGGCGAUGCCGUGUUCUAUCUGCACCACGCUCAGAUGGACCGGGUCUACUGGAUCUGGCAGAACUUGGACUGGCAGAAUCGUCAGGCCAUUUUCGGUACCAACACCACCAUGAACCAGCCGGCUAGCGACGAGGUGAAGCUCGAUGAUGUGGUGUUCAUGGGACCUCUGGGCGCCGAGCUAUCUCUUCGCGAUGCCAUGGAUACCGUGAACGGACCCUUCUGCUAUGUAUACGCAUCGGACUGA